UUAUAAGUUUCCCCUUUAAAUUGGUAUGUUCUGUAUCUGUUGAUCUUUUUGGCAAUUAGAUUGUUCAUAAACUGAAAAAUGUUCAGGAAGUGUUCCUGGUACGUGGAAAGUGAGGAAAGCGAUACCAUGCGGAACCACUGCAGUGUUGGAGCUGUUUCCACUCGGGACUGUUAUUGUGCAUUAUGUGAUAAGAUUUAAGAUUACCUUUGGCAUUGUCAGACGGCAAUUAUGUCAAAACAAGACCUUUCUUGUUGCUGUCAAGCCAUAGAGAUUUGCGUUUUAUUCACCUCUUUGUAGACAUCCAUGAAAAUGAACUUCUUUCGUAAUCGUCUGGUCGUACUUGGACUGGUGCUGCUUGCCACGGUCCUCCUGUACCUUCUGCUGCCUUCCAUAAGGCAAGGCAGCAUGGAGCCGUCCCUGUACAUCCAGAGGAUGGGUCUGGGGCCUUCCCCGCCGCCUCCGCCCGCGGCGUCUGUCAAUAUCACGGUACGCACUGGACAAAUACCCAGUGAUCCACCUCUGUUCUUCAGGGAGGCUUUGCCAGUCGAUUCCGCCGGGAGGCAAACACUCCCGAGGCUGCAGGUUGUCCUCCUUCACGGCCAGGCCUUCACCUCAAAGACUUGGGAAGAGCUGAGCACGCUAAGCGUCCUUGCAGCCAAUGGAUAUCAGGCCAUCGCCAUGGACCUUCCAGGAUUCGGUAAAUCUCCCGCCUCAGAGACCGUGAAGACGGACCAGAGCCGCGUGGAUCUGCUGAGACGGUUUUUGGAAGCUCUGGGUGUGCGGGCCCCCGUGCUGCUUUCUCCGUCCAUGAGCGGCCACUACGCCCUGCCCUUCCUCCAGAGACACAGCGACCAGCUGCGCGCCUUUGUACCCAUCGCCCCUGUGGCCACUCGCACCCUCACCACCCAGGAGUACCAGAACAUCCAGACCCCGACUCUGAUUGUAUAUGGGGAGCUGGACACAAACUUGGGUGCUCAGUCUCUGAAGAACCUACAGCACCUUCCACGGCACACAGUUGUCAGACUGGCUGGAGCCCGUCACGCCUGCUACAUGGACAAGCCCCGAGAGUUCCACCAGGCCCUGCUGGACUUCCUUGGCAAACUCGACUGAGGGAGAGAGAAAGGGAGGGGUGGGGGUGUGUGAAGUGGCUUAUGAAGGCUGAGGUGGGAGGAUUUGAAGGAGAGAAAGACAGCCUGCAUGGAAGAAACAGGACACAUGACUGUGCAGUCUCUGUGCUGCGCUAUUUUUAAGUGUAUCUGUGCACCGGAACGCUGUGCCACUGGUAGAUGGUUUGCAUCUGCGGAAGGGAUUAGUUGCUGAAACAUCCUUUCAUGAUUGAGGUCAUUCCAUAUCUCAAGCUGUUACAUGUCAGUUUAAAAAGCAUUUUUGCUGUCUGGGACUGAACAAACCACAGAGACCUGUUAGUUUGUGACACAGUUAAUGCUGUUAUCUGAUAUGUGGGGAUCUCUUGAUUAUUAAUGAUUUGCAUGUAAAACAAACCUAGUGAGCUUUCUUCAACUCUCACUCUGCUUAAGGUUACCAUUUCGCUUAGUCACUUCCUUGUUUCAAGCCGAUUUGCAUCAUGAGCAGAAAAGGCUGUUUUAUGAGAAUCCGAAUAAUAAGACAAAAGGCUUAAAACCUUUUAGUUGUGAUUAUAGAGCGUACAGAGGUGCAGGUUCCACUCCUGAACAGUGGUUGGUCCUGCUUCAGAGGUCAUUUCCAAUCCUAAUUUAUGGGUUGAUCCAGUGUGUGAUCCAGUUUACUGGGAUCUACAGAUGCAUAUGAAUGUUAAAGGCAGUUGUACUAGUUGGGAGCACACUCUUCCAGAGGCAUCAAAUUGUCUCUCCACUGUUUGGACGCAAUAUUUAAUUUAGCUAAUUGCCGAGCUCUUAUACAGGUGAUCUGGAUGUGUUGAAGCAUUGUAAGCACUACAUGCCGUAGUGGCCUGAUUGGUUUCCCUGCUCUUUAAACUUUUGAGGCUGCCGUCACGCCAUCGUGAGGCAUCACCAGAUCAUUGCAUGCAGAUAUAUAUGAUUUUUUUUUUUUAUUGCUGUUUUUUUCCCAAAAAGAUUUUAACAUCAAAAGAAUUCUGCAACUCUUGUCUUUUUCUUGUUAGAUGCACCUUACACUACGUCAAGAGAUAUUUAUUUUCCACGAGUGCUUUUUCCCAUUGAAAUGUGUGUGUAUAUAUAGUGUAUAGUAUGUGUGUACGUUAUGGUGUGCUUCUAAUCUGAAGUUCAUAAAUACUUUAGUUCAGAAACAAUGAACUGCUGAAAUAGAACUGAAUAAAAUGCCAACCAGAAGGGGUUGAUCACUUGUUACUAAAGACUUAAAUGGAAAAUAAAGUAAUAAAAUAGCGAUA